AUGAUUGUUGAUCUUCCUGCAGAGAUCCUGGUGGCUGUCGCCCAAAACCUCGAAUUCCAUCAAGAUGCUUUCAAUUUAGCACGAUGCUGUCGUCGGAUUUACAGUGUCCUCUUCCCACAUAUUUUUACCACGAUUCAAUCUCGCUGCCCGUGCCUUGGGGAGCUCAGCCAGAUAGUUCAUUAUAUUAUCCAACACCCUCAAUGCGCAAUUAACCAAACACAAUUUUGCAGUCGUAUGGGAAGCUUGAAAUGCGAACCUGCCACACUCCUCAAAGCCCUACAAACCAUAUGUCAUUCGGAAGAGGAGAAACUACAAUGGCUUAAUGAUCUUCAAGAUGGAAUGGCUUAUCAUCCGUGGGUGGCCCUCCUAUUGGUGCUCUUACCGCGCUUGCAGAGUUUGGAGUUGAAGUUCGAAUACUCGUCAACCAUUGAAUAUACGAGUGAGAUUCUAGACCGCGCGAUUCGCAGACAGAAACCGUUCGACGUACAGGUUCCUUUCCCCUCGCUUAAGGAGGUCCGCAUCUCUUGGUGGGAUACCCAAGGUGGAGUUGAUCCUUCGAACGCGUUGCCUUUUUUCUGCCUUCCAGAGAUGCGUCGAUUCUAUGGCCAUAUGAUUGUUGGCGAUAUCAGCCAAGAGGAUAAUAGUCUAGACUUAUCCUCUGGAUUUUCGAAUAUCAAUGAGAUUGAUCUCAAGUUGAGUAACUGCGACACCGGCUUUAGCUAUUUGGUACGUGCAUGCUCGAGGCUCGAGAGUUUCAGUUACUUGCACGCCGAUGGUAUUGUUGGGGGGCCCGACGGUUUUAAUCCCCAGGUCUUCUACCCUCCACUUUAUUGCCAUAGAGACAGUCUGCGAAAGUUAAAACUACUCUUCGACCGUGAUGCAGGCCAUUGUUAUUGCGGCUAUCCUAAAGAGGAUCUAUUUUUUGGUUCACUGGCCGAGUUCUCCGUCCUGACAGAAAUCGAUCUUCGGUCACCCAACAUCAUGUCUUGGGAAGACGAAAGGAAGGAGGUGCUUAAACUGCCCCUGACAGAGAUUCUACCAUCCUCCGUAGAGAUUCUAUCUCUCGAAGACACGUCUCCAAGUCAAUUAGACUCUCUAGUUCCACAACUGGAAGCCGUGAUUCGCAAUAAGAGAACAUUCUUCCCAUCUUUGUCAAAUUUAUCCAUCGAGGGUGAUUUUCAUAAACAGCCGCAGAUUAAUUUCAGGGAAUGGUCUUGGGGAUUGGUUAGACCUCCUCGCAGGGUCAUCGAACCCGAGUUUAUUGAUAGAACGCAGAAUCUGCGUGUUCUGUGUCAGGCAAUGGAUGUUGAUUUUUGCCUCUGGGACCGCCAUUGCAAGGAGCCCAAGUAUCGGAUUUACUCCAGGCCAAUCCCAGAUACUACCUUACAACGACGGUAAAAGAAGAAAUUUUUAGUAAGUUGUGUGUAUUGUGUUCUACCUUUAUCUGAAUACAUUAGGUUCCUUAGCCGGGCUUUACAG